AUGACGCGUUACGCAAUGGAGGAGGUUCAGAGCCGGAUAGUUCUUCACGGAUCACAAGAGACGCGGACGAUCCUGGACGCACCUGUCACUUUUGGCUUCACCUUCCAGCAAGGCGCGACGCAGGAUAAAGCCUCGCGUCCGGUCAGUAUUACCGCUGCUGUCGGUGGUCAAAUCGUCAAUGUCGGCUUCGACAGGUCUUGUUCUUUGGAUAUUCCAAACGCGCGCGGAUCGUGUGUCGAAGUGGCGGAGGACGCGCGUCUCCUGGCCGUUGGAGGUAACCCGCAAAUUCCUUCGUUUUCGACCAGCUUCACGACCUAUACGACGACCUACAGCGGAGCCCUUCUACCUUUAGCUACGAUAGACCCAGAGAGCAGCUCGCUUGCUUUGCCCAGUGCUACAUCCGCAAGUGCUACGUCCACCGCUACACCGACAAGCUCGACGAGCGGUGCAACAUCCUUCGUCGCACGCUCUGCAUUUAGCAUCCUGGUAGUAGCGAUUGCAGGAAUAACUGCUGUUUGCCUUUAA